AUGUCAUUGGUUUUGAGAAGAACGUAUUUAAAAGCUAAAAAUAAUAUCCUGUCUCCUGGUACCGGAAAUAUUUCAGUGUCUGGUCAGUUACAGACUUUUGUGGCUCGAACGUUCAAUGACGACAAAUCUGGCAAUAAUCCACAAUUUAGCAGUAGUACUAUUUUAAUUGAAAAUGGAUUUAACGUACAAGAACUUCCCGUGGCUAUCAAGAAAUUGCGAAAUUUCACAGACAUCGAAGACAAGCCAAACGAAGAACAAGCAGCAACUGUACAAGACACUCUGAGCUAUCAGCUGAUACAAGAAGAAUUUAAACAAUGUGUGGAUCUUCGGGAUGUGUUCUCAUUACUAUCAAAGUGUACAAAAAUUACACCAAACAUUGCAUUAGGUGCCAUCGAAAGAAUAUACGACAUUGAGAAAAAUCCAAACUCUCUUAGCUUAGAUCCUAAAAUAAUGCAAAUUAAUUUAGCAAAAGGUGCCAUUUUAGAUAAACUUCUGAAGGUUGUUAUGAGAACUGAAGACACACGCACAAUACUGGAGAUACUGAACACAGUUUCAUCGUUCAUGGACCUUUCAAAUACAAAUUCCAUGAUGAGCUUCUCUUCGAGUUAUUGA